CAUAGAAUAUUUACGUAUAUACAAUACAAAUUUACAUAAACCAACACACAGUUUUCAAUAAAAUUACAUUAUGUACAUAAGACUAAUUAAAAGUAGAAGUCGAAAGGGAUAUAACGAGCUUUGGAUUCUACAAACUCCCUUCAAUUAUUACAUUUCAAUUGAAUUAAUUUAAAGACAAAUAAUUAUAAACAUUUCAACGCGUCAUUUCUCCACUAUGAAAAAAGGAACUGUUUUCGUCAAUUAUUUUUGGCGCGUUUCUUCUGGUAGCCAGCCAUUUCGCCUAUCAGCUGUUCAAAAUCCCAUAAUGUGUGAGUGCUACCAAGUUUUGAAACGUCCUCAUGGGCGCGCUCUCUCUCAAAAUGAAUAAGUUUCACAUCUAGUUAUCUAUGGCUUACUUAAUAUUUCAUUCUGCGUAUAUUCAUAUUAUAAAUCGUAUACAAUAAAAUAAAUUUCACAAGUGAAUUGAAGUGAAGCGAAAUUAUACGGAACUGCAUAAUAAUUGAAUCAGACAAUUACUAUUCAAUACUUGUUUAAUAUACAGUUCACAAGUGGAAGACUUAAUUUUGCUAGUGCUCAUGGUUUGCUAUAAACAUCACACGCACAAAUAUACACACAGAUAAACAAUUUUACGUACAACAUAGGCGCAUCUUGCCUAGCUGCCUCGUAUAGCUUUCUAUGAAAAUAAGAGUUUAUCUGUUACGGAGAUAAAAAUUAGGAAGGAAAGACUUUUAAAAAAUGGAUUGGCGGCAAGCAGAAAUUUUAGAUUUAAUAAGCAUGUAUAGAGAAUCUGAGUGCCUCUGGAACUGUGUUAAUCCAGAAUAUAAAGACCUGGAUUUGAAGAAAACUGCUUGGAGAGAAAUUGCGGACCAUUUCGAAAGAGACGUUGGGGAAGUAAAGAAAAAAAUCAAACAUUUGCGCACUAAUUACGUUGUGGAGAAAAAGAAAGUCGAUAGUAAAAAAUAUGGCGAUUCUGGUGAAUCAAUGUACGAGCCGCGCUUAUUCUACUAUGACGAGAUGACUUUUCUGGACCCUGUGGUAGUUUUACGUGCAUGUAGCCUUGUUGAACCGCAUGAGGACCCAUUAAGGGCAAAGAAACCCAGACGAGCCAUAAACGAAAGACCUGUGAUUGUUGAAAAGAGACAACGUGUAGACUCUACUGAUGAUGAGCUAGAAACCCCGCGUUCUGUAUAUAGACCCACUGAAACUCAUUCUGAAAUAGAUGAAGCACCACCGGAAUCACCACUAAUGGAGUUGGAGAAAUCUACAGAUCUUGGGAAGGAAGAAACAUUUUGUGCGAUGCUAUGCAGUGAACUUAAAUUAAUAAAAUCCGAAGAAAUUUACGAUAAUGUGACUUUGGAAAUUUUUGCAAUUGUGAAGAAUGCAAAAAUGGCAGAACGUCAAAUAAUUUAUCAGCCCGAAGAGGAAAGGAGUACACCUAAUAAAAGAACGUGAAAGGUUGCUCAUCACUUCUAUAAUUUAGUAAUUUACUUGAAAUACAAGUAUAAAUGAUAAUAUUACGCAAUUAAGGCAACUAACAGCAAAGGCUAAUAGCCUUAUUAAAUACACAAAUGAAUGUUUAGUAUACAAAUACAAGUAAUUAUUAAGCAAAUAUAAGAGAUAAAAGAUGGCCUGUA